CUCCUCCGGACUACAAGCUCCAUCGAGCAGCCGGAGGACGGUUGCUUGGUGUAAUUAGCAAGCGGGAAGUAUGGCGGUGGCGCGCAUCGACGCGGCUUUGCCUCCUGGAGAAGGAUCAGUGAUCAAUUGGUCAGGGCAGGGGCUACAGAAAUUAAGUCCAAACUUACCCUGUGAAGUUGAUAUUCAUACUUUGAUUCUGGAUAAAAAUCAGAUUAUUAAAUUAGAAAAUCUUGAGAAAUACAAACGAUUAAUACAGUUGUCAGUUGCUAAUAAUCGGCUGGUGCGGAUGAUGGGUGUGGCCAAACUGACCCAACUCCGGGUAUUAAAUUUACCUCAUAAUAGCAUUGGCUAUGUGGAAGGGCUGAAGGAACUAGUACAUUUGGAAUGGCUGAAUUUGGCAGGAAAUAAUCUCAAGGCCAUGGAACAACUCAAUAGCUGCACAGCUCUACAGCACCUCGAUUUAUCAGACAAUAACAUACCCCAGAUAGGCGAUCUAUCUAAGUUGAUAUCACUGAAGACCCUGCUUUUACAUGGAAAUAUCAUCACCUCUCUUAGAAUGGCACCAGCUUAUCUACCCAGAUGUCUCACUAUACUUUCUUUGGCAGAAAAUGAAAUCCGGGACUUAAAUGAGGUCUCUUUUCUGGCAUCCUUAACUGAAUUGGAACAAUUAUCGAUCAUGAACAAUCCCUGUGUGAUGGCAACACCUUCCAUUCCCGGGUUCGACUAUCGGCCAUAUAUCGUCAGCUGGUGCUUAAAUCUCAGAGUCCUAGAUGGAUAUGUCAUUUCUCAGAAAGAAAGUUUAAAAGCUGAAUGGCUCUAUAGUCAGGGAAAGGGGAGAGCAUAUCGCCCUGGCCAGCACAUCCAGCUUGUCCAGUAUCUGGCCACAGUCUGUCCUCUCACGUCUACGCUGGGUCUUCAAACUGCAGAGGAUGCCAAACUAGAGAAGAUUCUGAGCAAGCAGAAGUUUCACCAGAGGCAGUUGAUGAACCAGAGCCAAAAUGAAGAGUUGUCUCCUCUUGCUCCUGUUGAAACAAGGGCAUCACUUGUACCUGAGCAUUCCAGCCCUGUUCAAGAUUGUCAGGUAGUCCAGGAAAGUGAACCUGUCGUCCAAGUCAAUUCUUGGGUUGGGAUAAGCAGUAAUGAUGACCAGUUAUGUGCUGUUAAGAAUAACUUUUCAGCCUCUGUACACACGGCAAGAUAUUCUCGAAAUGACCUGCAUCUGGAAGACAUCCAGACAGAUGAGGACAAGUUAAACUGUAGUCUCCUCUCUUCAGAGUCCACUUUUAUGCCGGUUGCGUCAGGACUCUCUCCAGUAUCACCAACAGUUGAGUUGGGACUGCACAGCCUUAACUUGGGCCUGGAAGAUGAUGAUGCUGCAGAGGAAUCUGCGAAGGAGCCGGAAAACCAGGGCUUUGAUAAGGAAGAGGAAAAGGCUUUUUGGGCUGCAAAUGAGAAUUCUGUUCAAAUGACAAAAAGUGAGAUCAGUACAGAGGUAAAUAAGAAAGACAGGCUAUUACCUUGUCCUGAGCGAGCAGUCCCCAGUGCUGUCUUGAAGGAUGACAGCCACAGUCCUAGACCUUUCCCUGAGUCAUUGGGACCCAGUGUUUUCCAUACGCAGCCAGCUAGUGAAGAAACCAUGUCUCAAACAGCUUCAGAGAAACUUCCCUGCAGGUUUUUAACCCAGAAAUCUGUUGCUUUGGGAAAAGAUAAAGUUGCCCUUCAGAAAUUGAACAAAGCAGCAACCAAGCUUCAAGCCUGUUGGCGGGGCUUUUAUGCCAGGAACUACAACCCACAGGCUAAAGAUGUGCGUUAUGAAAUCCGACUGCGCAGGAUGCAGGAGCACAUUGUCUGCCUCACUGAUGAAAUAAGGAGAUUAAGAAAAGAAAGAGAUGAAGAACGUAUUAAAAAUUUUGUGCAAGAAGAGGCUGUCAGAUGCCUUUGGAACCAGGUAAGGUCUCUACAAGCAUGGCAAAAGAUGGUGGACCAGCAUCUGAAUUUCCCGUCUAGUGAUGUUCUGCCCAUGUCAAGUACUUUGGUGACGUCUCAAUCUCCAUUAUUCACCCAAAGUCAGGAGCCCUCUUCUGGUCAAAAUUCUGAUUGGUUCAUUGCUCCUGAGGAAGCUCCUCAAGAGAAAUUCUUGCCAGAAUUUCCAGACUCUGGUUUUCAUUCCUCCCUAACAGAACAAAUUCACUGUUUACGGGAUUCUUUGGAUUUUGAAAAAAGUUCCACAGAAGGUAGUGAAAGUACCAUCAUGGGGAAUUCCAUUGACACAGUCAAAUACGGCCGGGAGUCAGACAUAAGGGAUGUUAGUGAAGAACAUAGUGAAUGGAAUAAGGAAAAUUCAAACAGUGAGCAGGAUAAUAGCCUACUUGAACAGUAUUUAACUUCAGUUCAGCAGCUAGAUGAUGCUGAUGAGAGGGAAAAUCUUGAUGAAGGGACAGGAGAUACUAAGCUUCCCAUAGCCUGUUCCCCUGAAACAUUAGAUGUCUUAGAGCCUGACAGUGCUAUAGAUGAUACUCAAGGCAUAUCUCCUGUUUUGCAAGAUGAAAUCAACCAGACACCAGAAAGUGGUAAAUUAAAUGCAGUCAUUCAAGGACAGCAGUCAGACUGUGAGUCUGCAUUUCAGGUAUUGCAUGUUGGGAUUAUUGUAUAGAAUGUUUGGUUGCUUAGGAAACAGAAAUCAACUGAAUUUAAGAAUAUUUUCAUUUAGCUUUUUUGGGGGAAGAGAAUAUUCCUCCCAGUUUUGUUACUAUUUAUGUAUAAUUUAUAUUUUUGUCUUGUCUUAUAUUUUCCAUAUUCUAGGUACUAAGCUGAAUCUUCAUUUUGAUUUUGUUAGCUUUUUACUUAGAUAUAAUGUAUCAAACAAUAUUUAUAUCGAAAGCCACACACAUGCACUUUACUAACAACUGAAUUGCAUCAGCAGUGUUCCUGUAUUUUUAUGUAUUCAUUUCCUUCCAAAAAUAAACUUGAAUACCUUAAAGAAGAUAGAAAAUUUUACCUUCAAGAUAUCAACAAGAGAAUUUUAAUUCUUAUGUAUGUGAGGAAAUUAUGUAGUAAGGAAUACAGUUUGUUACAGUGACUAUAAAUAACAAAUAAUGAGGAUUGUGAAACUCUUAAAAUCUGCCAGCCUCUGUGGAGUAAGAAUAUGUGUUUUUAAGCCUUUUUCCCUCCCGUAUGAGUCAAGGAGAGCCUCCUUAUAAGCAAAUAAGGGAGAAAAGGUAAGAUUAUAGGAUAUUCAGUGGGGAUGCUUAAAUUGUCUCUUGGAAAACAUCAGUGUCACCUAUGACUUUUAACAUAUGAAGCAAAGUGUUCAUCAAGCACUAAAGUCAAGCUUAUUUAAAGAGACAACACAAGAAUAUUUCUAUUAGAUACAGGCUUCAUUCACUUGGAAUAAUGCCACAGCAAACAUCAUCUUUUCAUUUAGUGAUUUUUUUUUUUUGUUCCACAGAUAAGCGUUUAUGUGCCAAUAUAUUGCCAGAAGUUAAUGUUCUUUGUUCCUACGUUGUAUUUGCUAUGUAUUUCAGCAGAGACCCAUGGUUGUUUUAUUUUUGACCUCUGCCUCAUAGAAAAGAACAUUUAAAAUAAUACCAGUGGUGGUAGAAUAUGAAUGACAUUUUUUAAAGGAUUAUUUUCUAUCUAAAUCUCUGAAAAAGUCCCACAUUUGGAAGAGAAUUUAAUGGUAGUUAAGAAAAAAUAAACCUCACAUUUCUUUACUUAUUAAAGAGAAUAUAUAUCUGUAACUCUAAAAAGAAAUGAUAAUAGUGUUUUUGAGUGUUAUAGAUUGAUGCAUUCACAAAUCAAGGACAGUUUUUGGAAGCUUGCUAUUUUAAUCUCUGAGAAUGUUCUAAAAUCAUUGACCAAUACAUAUCUGACUUCCUCCCAAUCUGUGGACAUACAACAAUUUAACUAUGGCAAUACUAGGGUAUUCUCUAAAUUUAGGUGCUAAAUAUCUAUUCAUUAUUCAGUUACAGUCACUAGAUCCCCUUCUUUGAAGUUAUAUAAAAUAAAAGCUGAUCCUUCCAAGAAUAAGAUCAGGGAUCACAUCUUAUACUCUGUAUUGAUAAAAACAUUUCUCCAAUGUGAAUAAGAUGUUUAUUUCUCACAUCGUAAAUAUGUAGCACUCAGGUUGAUAAGACUUGGAUUUCAUUCUCAGAAAUCCAGAACCUCUUGCAAAGGAAAUAUUUUCUGUCUCUUUUAAACAAAACAACAGUCUUAGAUUCAAAGGAUUUUCCUUAGUGAAGCAUGGAUAACAUUGAAUGCAUGUUAAGUAAAAAUAGAAUUUUUAACUUUUUGGAUAAUGUUAAUUUUAUGAGUGAUUUUGAAUUUCUUCUUAAAUCUAUCCUAUUUUUCUAUUUUACGGUUAAGUGCCUCAUUUGCUCACCAUAGUUAGACAAAGAAAACCAACUUGUACUGCACUGGUACCAAAGUACUGCUUCAUGGUGCAUUAAUUUCUCAUAAAAGCUCCUGAAAUGUCAUGGGUCAGUAUUACCUAAGUAGGUUUCUUCUGACAUCUCUUCCCUCUUCUCUUUUUUUAAGAGAUGACAAAACACAACUGAAUUCAUUUGAACAUCAGCAUUUGCCAGCAAGAUUUCCUUUUUUAGCUUUGCCUUGUUUUUCUAGCCCAUCAGUAGUAUUCGACAUACUUUUAUUUUAAAAUUGGCAGAAUAAUGACUGAUAUUCCGCUCUUCAUUCUAUUUAUUAUUGUUUUGAAGUGCAAGAAUAUUAAGAAGCCCCCACCUUAACUGUUCAGAUUAUCAUGAAUAUAAAUAGAAUGAAAAUAAUAUAAAUUAGAAUGCUGGAAAACUGUGGCAUAGACUUAAUAUAUUUUAAUAGAUUUACAUUGUAAUUUAAAAUAACUUAUGAAAUAGUUAACAGCAAUAGAGAAUUUAACUCUGUUGGUCUGCCUGAAGAGUAAAUGGGCUUGGUAAGGUUUGGGAAGUUGAGCUUUAACAGUCUUUGUGUUUUUCUAAUAGGAGAGAUUUAGUUCAGCUAUGCUAUUUUAGUUCAAUUCUUUUGAUUUAUGGACAAUUCAAUAUAUCAAUUUAAUAUUCCUUCAGAAGCACAGAAUCAUACCAUGUGAGAAUUGAAAGGAACCAAGAGAUUGUCUUUCUAAUCUCUUAAUCUUAGUUUUAAAGAUGAAACUAAAGAACAGAGAAGUUCAAUAACUUGUCUGAGGUUAUAGCUGGUUAAUAGAAAAUAAACUUUGGGAACUUAAAAGUUAUUGUAGUUCAAAAUUUUAUUAUGCACUUUCUGUUAAUCUCUAUGUUUAGUAAACCAGUAAGAAAGUCUGUAUGUUUUUCAUUGUCUUUGAAAGAGAGAAAAAAAAAAACUUCUAAGAAAGCUAGAACCCUACCACUCAGGGUAGAGUCACUUGUAGAAAACAACUGAUUUGUUCAGAACCCUGAGUGAAUUUUCUCCAAGGAAUGUGUUUGAUUAACAUGGUUUUUAAAAUGGUAAUGUGGUGGAAAUGAGCAUUUUGAAAGAAUGACUGCAUCUUGGUAUCCAUUUAUUUAAUAGGAAUUAUAGCAUUGCUGAGAUAUAUAACUUUUCUAGUGAGAUGCUAGUUUGAUUAUAUUUCAUCUUCAGUUUUAUAGAACAACAGAUGUUAAAGUUUUAACUCUCCUGGUGUGCAGAAAGCUCUAAUCAUGACAGUUGAUACACAUACAAUAAUAGUUGGUUUUAUAAAUUCAGUUAUAAAAGGCCUUAUAAAAAUGCAUGUUUUUAGGAAAAAAUGUAGCCACAGAAUUGUUAGUAUAAAUGCAAAUAACUUUACUCUUGAAUAAUGUGGGCCCUUCUCGAAGGAUUUUUAUUUUACUUUGGAUUAUUUAAACCAAAGUAAAUACUGUAAUAGUGUAUUUUCCUGUUAUUUACUUAGGACAAGUCUAGUUCCACUUUUUAUAGUAUUUCCAGAAACAAUAUGGACUUAAGAUAUCAUAGUGUCUCCUUUGGUAGCUUUUGGGCACAAAUUCUUAGAGUUGGAAUUAAAACAAUAAUAUGAAGUCUUUCCCCCCCCCCCCGGAGAAUUAAGGCAUAAUCAAAAGGGAAAAUAUAAAAUGAGCCUGAUCAGUUUCUCAUUUAUGGGUGAAAAAUGAUAGACACUAAAUUGUUUCAUGUAUAUUUAUUUUGCCAUGUAACUGAGGAGUGUUUAUUAUAUUGUCUUGUUUUAACUUUCAAAUUUAUGAUCCCUUCAUCUAUGAAAUAAAGCAGAAAAGUUUUGUAAGGAACAUUCUAAAUACUUUUAGUGAUCUUGUUUUCAUUGAUUAAGCCUGUCGUGCCAUAUUAAAUUUAAAAGUCAAGUAAACGGGAGUUCUUGUUAAGGAUCUGGCAUUGCCUCUGCUAUGGCUUGGAUCCCUCCUGUGUCUUGGGUCUGAUCCCUGGUCUAGGAACUUCCACGCGUUGCAGGUGCGGCCAAAAAAAAAAAAAAAAAAAAAAAGUAGACGAAGUAGUAGUCUUGGAGUGAAACAUAUAAUUAAUUGUCUUUUAAAAAUAAGUUACUAAUUUCCCACUGUGGCACAACUGGAUUGGUGACAUUUCUGCAGUGCCAUGAGGCAGGUUGGAUUCCCACCUGGCACAGUGGGUUAAAGGAUCUGGUGUUUCUGCAGCUGUGGUGUAGGUUGCAGCUACUGCUCAGAUUCAGUCUCUGGCCCAGGAAUUUCCGUAUGCUGUGGGUGUAGCCAUAAAAUUAAAAAAACAAAAAAAGAGUUGCUUUCUAUUUGUGAAUGAGUAGAGAUCAUACUACAAUUUAAUUCCUUAAUUGAUUUUAGUCAAUAGCAGGAAUCAUUUUGUAGUGGCUUUGAUCAUUUUCUAAUUAAAUUUCUUUGAGAAUUUUGUAAUAAUUUUAAUGUUGACAAGUUUAAAAAUAAUUUGAUUUUGCACUAUUUUUAGAUUUCUCUUUAAUUUUAUUGUAGAAAUAGUGGAUGCUUUAAAUGGUUGUGGUCUGUUUUAUGAAGGCUUAAUAUUUUAUAUUGUACUUAAUUUGUAUUUGAGUUUAAUUCUAAAUAAAAAGUUUGUAUAUUUGGGUGAUU